UCAGUCUGCUGUGAAACCUGCCAAGAGCAUAGUCGCUUUUAUUCUACAUACGGAACUCAAACCGUUAACCACGUUUCAUCAGUUUCAGAUCAACAAAUAAAAAAUCGUUAACAAAAAUUCUGUGCUAAUCUGGCUUCUGGUGACUUUUAUAAUUUGAUGGCCUAUUUUCUUAGAUUUUAUGGCAUCUGCUAUGAUUUCUAUAAUCACUAUUUGCAUUUGCUUUAAAACCAGAAAAGGCUCUAAAAAUUAAUUUAAUAUUUGUUGAUGUGAAUAUUUCAGAACAUGCUGGGCGCCAAUAUGCUUCCGUGUUUGGAACCCUAGGUGGUAUCAUUUGUUAUGGAUAAAUAGGUGUAAAAACUAUACACUUAUUUCAAGCGGUUAUACAACAAACUUCAAGUGCUUAUGCUUUAAGUAAUAUCAUACAUACAUACAUUGGUCUAAACUAAUUUAUUGAUCCAAAUUUUAACUACCUCACACUGUUAACUCAACUCAAAACUAGUAUUUAUAACUUCCAUCGAGGGUAUCGCUUCCUUUUAUUAACAAUAAUAAAAUCAAAAUCGGAAACUCGGCUCCAUAAAUUCCACAGCAAAUUGGCAGAAGAUCUUCAAGAACUCGAGAUACUUAUCACAUUUUAUUAUCGCAUUUAUUAGCAUCUGAAGUAUGAAAUCGUAAAAUAUGAAUAAGCAAACAUGAUAAACGGAAAUGAAUAAUAUGUGGCCGCUCCGAUAUGACCUGCUAUCGAGAACCAAAAAUUGGUGGGCAGGGUAGCCACACAGAGCAGCGUUUUAUCUCAGAAGACGCCAGAGCCACCGAUUAUUGGCAUUUGGUUAUGCUUAUUAGAUUUUCGUGGCUUACGUUUUGGCCCGUUGUUUGCCACAUAUAAAGUUGGAGAGACCAGCUGGCCGGAGUGGCAGUACGGUGGCUAACUUUAAACCUCGCAGACGUCGGAAUUCCGCAGCGGAUUACAUCAAAUCGGGAUAUUAUAAAUUAUUACAAAAUCAAUCAUAAAACUCCGAGUGGAUAUUGUGUAUAGCUGACAGUGCAAAAAGACAAACCGAGAUAAAACCGAGAAAUAUGCGAAAUUUUCUAAUUGGUAUGGUGCUUUUGGCCCUGAUUUGGGUGGAGGUGGAUGCCCGUCUGGUGAGAGUCCGCCGGAUCCGGAGAUUGGUCGGAGCCAGUGAGCGGGAUGCACGGAUAACGGACUUCCGCGUUUCGCCCACGGAUGACGAAGGAGUGUUUAAGUACGCCUUCAAGACCAGUAAUGGAAUCGAUGUCCAAGCGGCAGGAUCUCCGCUGGAGACCAUUGGCAUCUAUAGCUACACCUCACCGGAGGGCGUUCCCAUCGAGACGCGCUACAUAGCCGAUGAACUGGGCUUCCAUGUAGUGGGACGUCAUCUGCCGCAGCCACCGCCCACUCCGGACUAUAUCCUGCGAUCCUUGGAGUACAUUCGCACUCACACCGAGGAUGGCAAUCUGAAGAAUCCGCACUUCUUGUGAAGUUCCUGACUGGAUCCUAUCCAUUAUACACAUCGACUUGGAUGCAAGUGUCCGUGAAGAAGGCUGACAAUACUAUAGCAUGUACUAAUCACCAACUAACUUUAGUAGCUUAAAACUUAAGACCUAGACUAAGUUGUUGCUAGAUGUUCUAAGAUCUUUGAAAUGCCCAAAUGUUUCUUGCCCUCGGUCUGUUCUGCUUGGGUUAUAAAUCAAUCCGUCCAUGCAUCCAUCGAUUCUUUCACGCCGGAAUUUAUGGUCUUCGCGCCCAUAAAGAGCAAACAAUGGGGCUCGCCCAAACACAAAACACACAGUAUCUCGGGCGACCCCAACGAAUUCUAUCUUGUUAUCCCAUUAACUGCGAACAGAUUUAUUUGUCUGCGUGUCUGAUUAAUAUUUACGUCUAUUCUCAGAUAUGGAAAUUUGAAAACUGGAUGGAAAAGAGUCGUGGCUCUGUUUGGGCGACCUUUCGAUGGCUUAAUAAUAAACGGAAAUUUUUUCCGGGUUUGAACUUCUUCAAAAGCGUCUCGGGCAGGAUUUGCAAAAUUUCGAUCAAGUUCGGCUCACUCGAAUUUAAAAACAACCAAACAUAUCUACAUAUUAAGCGAAUUAAAUGCCGCAAAUGCCGCG